UUGUUUUGUAUCAUAAUAAAUGCUCUAAGUUAUCUGCCACUUACGUUAAAAUCGAGAAAGUUGACAAUUAAUGCGAAAUGUUUUAUGACGCUGAUAAAAUUGACGUUUUUAUAGUUAUUUUCAAGUUUUUUAACGUGUUCCUUUGUGGUUUACAUGCUGGAGAAUGUUUAUUCCUAAGCAGAGCAUCUUUUAAGUGUUGGCUUUCUCUCGUUAAUUAUGUGGAUGAACCUUCGCUGAGAGUGUUUCGUCUUUCUGGGUUAACGUCAAACCUUAAUUUGUAUCGUCUCAAUUUGCUUGCAAUAUUUGCUGCCAUUGGUGUUUUUGUAUUGGAAAUACGUGAUAAACAGUAUUGGCUAAGUGGAAUAAUGGGAUUGAUUUUUGUACUUCUUUACACAAAGUUUUAUCUGGCUCCACUUAUUCUCAAACAUGUUAUGGAUCCUGAUUUCAACAAAAGUGACAACUAUACAAAAUCAAUUUUAGUGAAAAUUCAGCAUCGACAUCAUGGCUACUGGUGUCAGAUUCUUUGAUGUCUAAGAGAGGGUCACUGGGCAGUGGUGAUGUGCUAAGCAAGUUAUCUGUAGUUGUAAUCAAUUGUGUUGCAGCAUCUGUGUUGAACAAACCACUGUUACGUUGCUUCUCCAUGUCAUGGACUGCAAAUGAAAGACAUUGUUUGAAACUAAAACCAUAAUACAUUGUCUUAUAUUCAAAAAAAAAAUAAAUACUUUGCUGAU